AUGUCGGCCUUCAAAUUUGAUGUCCUUCCUUCACCAAUCCCGUCAGCUGAACCAUACUUCGAUUUGGGCACCCACAGCUUUCCAAUCAGUACAAAAAGCCGAGAUGCUCAGAUAUGGUUUGGCCGUGGCCUUAUCUGGUCGUACGCAUUCAACCAUGAGGAGAGCUUUCACUGUUUCAAGCAAGCUCUUGCCCACGACCCUACCUGCGCAAUGGCUUACUGGGGACUCAGCUAUGCGGCCGGGCCUAAUUACAACAAGACUUGGCAGCUUUUCGAUCCUGCAGAUCUCAAAAAUAGCUUCAAACUCUGCUAUUACACAUCGAGGAAAGCCGAGAAGCUAGCCGACCAAGAGAAUAUCAAGCCGGUGGAGCGCGCGUUGAUCAAAGCAAUCCAAGCCCGCUUCCCCUUCAAUAAGCCGGCUUCUGACGUUUCAGCUCUUGAUAAGUCCUAUGCAGCCGCCAUGGAAGACGUUUUCCAACAUCACCAGGAAUCGCAUACUAUGGACGUCACGACUUUAUACGUUGAUGCCUUAAUGCAUACCGCUCUUCGAAGAAUGUAUGCAGUCAAAACUGGCGCUCCUAUUGAGUCGUCUCCUGUCCACAAAAUCCGGGCAAUAUUUGAUUCAGCCCUCGCGAACCGGGAAUCAGAUACACAUCCUGGCAUUCUUCAUCUCUGGAUCCAUUUUAUGGAAAUGUCUAAUGUACCUGGAAUCACGCUUGCCGGUGCUGAUAAACUGCGCCAUCUUGUUCCCGACGCUGGGCAUAUUCACCAUAUGCCAACUCACAUCGACAUCCUAGUCGGUGACUACCGGCGCUCUGUUGAUUCUAACACCGCCGCUGUCAAUGCAGAUGAGAAGUAUUUGGCAAAGAAAGGGGCAAAGAAUUUCUACAGUUUCUAUCGGUUCCAUAACUACCACUCUCUCAUCUAUGCUGCAAUGCUGUGUGGGCAGCGCAGGAUUGCUCUCGAAGCCACCGAUCGGAUGGAAGCAUCCAUCACCGAUGAACUUUUGCAAGUAGAAUCUCCGCCACUAGCAGAUUGGAUGGAAUUUUUCAAGGCUGUCAGAGUCCACGUUUAUAUUCGCUUCGGAAUGUGGGAAGAGAUCAAAAAUCUCCCACUACCUGAAGAUCAAGCCUUAUACUGUGUUACCACUACUAUGAUUCAUUAUGGUAAAGGUAUCGCCUUAGCUGCUAUAGGGGACCUUGAAAACGCAUAUAAGGAGCGAGAGCUAUAUCACGUGGCCGCAAAGACAAUUCCGCCCACUCGCAAGGACUACCCGAACUUGAUUUCCGACGUCCUAAAGGUUUCAGAUGCUAUGUUGGACGGUGAAAUCCAGUACCGCCAGGGUAAAUAUGAACAAGCCUUUGAGAGCUUACGGAAGGCGAUUCACUUCGAUGACUCUCUCAGAUAUACCGAGCCCUGGGGUUGGAUGGUUCCUACGCGACAUGCCUAUGCUGCUUUGAUGUUGGAACAAGGACAUGUGGAAGAGGCUGCUCAGGCGUACGCCGAGGAUCUCGGAUUCGACGACUCUCUUACUCGCGCGCAUCAGCAUCCCAACAACGUUUGGGCAUUGCAUGGGUAUCACGAAUGCCUUGUACGUCUGGGCCGUGAGCCCGAGGCUCAUAUUAUCAAGCAGGCACUUGAUCUUGCCGUUAAGGUGGCUGAUGUCCCAAUCCGAACUUCUUGUUUCUGUCGCCUUGAGGCCCUCGAAUCCGAGGACCUGGAAAAGCCUUGCUGUAAAUAA